CGGUUGCAACAAAAUAAAACACGGAGAAAGAAUGCGAAGCUGUAUGUAUAGACAACCAAAACAAAGUGCGACCAGAACUCAAAAGACCAGAAAAGAAACGUUUUUAUACAUACCCAGCUGGUUGGUUUGUACCCUCCAUAGUAAUUAUCGGCUUCAAGUCCUUCUUGCGUUUCUUGGCCGCAAGACUGCUAUUGUUGCUGUUGCUACCGUUGGUGUUGGCAUUUGAUGCCUUUUGGGCGUCGGGGGAUUGUGUGCCGUUCAUUGUGGUGUAUUCGUCAAAUCUGCCUGUGCGCGACAGUGCAGGAUCUGUAUUCUGGGGACAAGUCGAGAUGUAUCUGGCGUCUGUGUCGCCAGGUCGUAAAUGAUCAGAGUCGUGAAAUCGUCAAUGGGUGUAUCGUAAUGUCGGAUGCGACAGCUUCUGGGUUCUUUUGGGCGUCGGUAAGAAAUGAUGUCGAGAUGAAGUGGGGGAAGAGGGGCGCUUGUAAGUGCUCGCUCGAUGGACGUGGGGUUAUUUUCUGUUCUUUUUCUUUCGCGGAGAUGCUUUCUCAAGAAUUAUCAAAAUCGCUCAGACAGUUGAAGAUGCCGGACAGAGUCAGGAGAAGAAUAGAUCGGGGAGAUGAGCACGGUAGGAUAAUUGCGGUCGUGGGGCGGCAGUGGCGUCAAGGUAGAUCUUUUACAAGUCGAACCAAAAGAUGUUGCGCAGUAAUAACCUAGUGGCGGCGCAAUCUGAGGUGACUGGGAUCAAUCAAGCACAGUGAGUGAUUGUGCUUGGUGAAUUGGUCCCAGUGUAAGCUAAAGCUAAUACGCUGUAAUAUGGAUACUUGAACGUAAUCUGGUUGUCCGAGUAAUGACUUUGCGACGGCUUGUGUAGAUGUUUUGAU